ACCCUCUCUUAAAACCCUUUCUCUCGCGGCUCCUCUUUGCUAGCCUCAAGAAUCGUCGCUCGCUCGCUGCUCCAGAACCCUCUCUAAAUUCUUUGCCCCCUUCAUCCUCCUCACCCCGGCUUCGAAUCUUGAUGGAGAAACCAAAUUCGUGGAUCGCCCAUGUCGAAGCGUUUGUGGACUCCGCUCGCGCCUCGAACCAGCAGGCUGCUAGUGUGGAUGCCAUCGCAGUCCUAGUGCAUGAAGACCUCUUAACCCUUGAGGGAUUGGUGAGAGAGAUGGAACAGUAUCUAACCGCCUCAGACCAUGUGAUUCGUGCUAGAGGUAUACUUCUCCUAUCAGAAGUGCUUUCUCGUCUUCUAGAGAAGCCAUUAGAUAGUCGCACUGUUAGUAGCUUGGUGGAGUUCUUCACAUCAAAGCUGGAAGAUUGGCAAGCCCUACGUGGAGCCCUUAUUGGUUGCUUAGCUCUUUUGAAAAGGACAAAAAAAUUUGGUAUGGUUGAAAGUAAUGAUGCCAAGUCACUUGCAGAAUCUUUUUUAAGAAAUGUACAAGUACAAUCACUAGCAGUUCGUGAUCGUAAGUUAUGCUUUGAAGUUAUUCAGCGCCUGUUGGAUGUGUACCCUCAGGCUGUUGUAGAGUUGGGUGAUGACCUUGUGUAUGGAAUAUGUGAAGCAAUCGAUGAAGAAAAAGAUCCUCGAUGCUUGAUGCUUACUUUCUCUCUGGUUGGGACUUUGGGACGACUGUUUCCUGAUCCGUCUGGUCCAAUGGGGAACUUUUCUUCUGAUGUUUUUGAUAUUCUGAGCCGAUAUUUUCCUAUAUACUUCACACAUUCAAAGGGUGAUGGUUUAGAUAUAACAAGGGAUGACCUUUCUAAGGCAUUAAUGGAUGCUUUCUCUUCAUCUCCACUUUUCGAACCAUUUGUUAUCCCAUUGCUCCUUGAAAAACUCUCCUCAUCCCUUCCAUCAGCAAAGCUUGAUUCUUUGAAGUAUCUUAACAGUUGCUUGCGCCACUAUGAAGCAGACAAGGUGGUCAAGCAUUCUCAAGUUAUCUGGUCUAAUUUGAAAGAUGUGAUCUUUAAUCUUUCGCCACAUAGGUCUUCAUUAUCAACUUAUGGUUCCAAUGGGGAUAUGGAUUCUGAGGUUAAUCAAAUUGCAGAUGAAGCUCUAAAUUGUUUGCAAACAGCUAUUUCACACUUGAAUUUUCCAGAUCAAGAUUCUUUCUUGUGUUUGAUUAUUGAUGAUGAAGAUAUAGGGACAAGAUUUUGGUCUGUAACAAGUAUAAAAAAAUAUUCAGGUACUUCAACAGAAAUCCAUUGUCAAUUAAGUGCUCUUGGAAGUAUCUUAUCUAUUGCAUCAAAGGUAUCCAUAUAUUGCUGCACCAAGGUGUUUCAGAAGUUCUUUUCCUGCCUAAUGGAUAUUUUAGGAGUUUCAGGAAAGCAUCCAUCUAAACUUUGUGUUACUGACCACAACACAUGUUCCGAUGGAUUGAAUUUUGGAGCACUUUAUCUUUCCAUGGAACUCCUUACUUCAUGUAGAGAAUUGACUUUGUCUUCCAAGGAAUUUUCUCCAGAAGUUAUUUCGGAACCAAGAAGCUCGUUUUAUGUGCUAAAAAAUAUCUCCAGAGAGUUAUGCGAUGCUCUUGGGUCAAUUUUGGAGACACCAGAGAGUGAAGAACAUGUUUAUUGUGCAGUGAAAGGUUUGCAAGUGCUUGCAACAUUUCCAGAAAUCUAUUCACCUGUUUCUGAGGCAACUUAUGAAGAUAUAUUAGUGAUGCUUAUGUCAAUAAUCGCUAGAAGGAGCAAGGAAACUUACUUGUGGGAAUUGUCUUUGAAAGCCUUAGUCCAAAUUGGUUUGUGGAUUGAAAAUGCUCAUGAUUCUGCAAAAGCAACAAGUUAUAACAAACUUGUCAUUCAGAGAAUUGUUUCCAUGCUUCAAUCUAAUGAUUCUACUAUCUCUCUUUCACUGAAACUGGUUGCAAUUUCUGAAAUCAGCAGCAUUGGCCUCUACCUGCUAAGAAUAGUUCAAGCAUUUGAAGAGGCUAUAGUUUCCAACUUAAGAGCUUGUUUUGAAGGAAAUCUAAAAUCUUCUGAUGUUUUAGUUCCUCUGCUCCAGUGCUACUCCAAUCAGGUGCUUCCAAGAUGCCACACUUGCGGAAAUUUCAAUGAUAUAGCUGUUCAAGUUGCUGUCAGUAUAUGGAAUCAAAUAGAAAAUGUGGCUGUUUUCAGGAGUUCCAUACUAAUGAAGGAUGUUCUUGAUCAGGUUAUGAUGACAAUGAAGCAUUUAGUCGCGGGAUGUACAGAGGAAAGCCAGUUCUUGAUUUUACAAAAAGCGUACGGCAGUCUUCCAAAGACCUUUUUUAUAGCGGAGCCAUUGCCCUGUGCUUUGUCACAACUUGAAGGCUUACAAUGCAUUCAAGAUACCACUCUCAUGUCAUGUCGAGAUGAAUGGAUUUUUUCUCUUUUUGGAUCAGUGGUUAUAGCACUUCGUCCGCAGACUCCUCUUGUAAAUGUGAAAAUACUUUUGAACUUGUUCGUGGUCCUUCUACUCAAAGGAAAUAUGCUAGCAGCUCAAGCCUUGGCAUCCAUGGUUAACAAGUGGCCUGCAGAUGUUAACAAGUCAGAAAUAUCUUAUUCUUUGGAUCAAGCAAUUGAGGAGAUUCUGAAGAGUUGUCUAUGGACUUCAGAAAGCAGUAGCAAUUUUAUAGAUAGAGAUAGUUGUUUUCAUAAAAAUGUUGUCCUUGGACUGGCAUGGAUUGGAAAAGGUUUGCUUAUGAGGGGACAUGAGAAACUAAAGGAAAUAGCAAUGCUUCUUUUGAAAUGUCUAGUUGCUGGUAAAUAUGUGGAUAUCACACCUUUUCAACAGCAUGAGAAUGGUAAGGAUGCUGGGCAGGAUGCAAGUUCCCCUUUGGCGACAUUUGCAGCGGAUGCAUUCCAUGUAUUUCUAAGUGAUUCAGAAGAUUGUCUGAAUAAGAAGUUCCAUGCCACGAUAAGGCCACUUUAUAAGCAACGUUUCUUCUCAAGCAUGUUGCCAAUCCUGCUCUCUUCAAUCAAAGAAUCCGAUCCCUCGAGUAAAAAAGUGGUAUUAUAUCGAGCUUUUGGACAUGUUAUUUCUGACACUCCACUGGCUGCUGUGGUUGGUGAAGCCAAGAAGAUUGUGCCCACACUAGCUGAUGCGUUGGCUAUGUUGAGUUUGGAUAUUCUGAAUAAAGAUCUGAUAUACAGUCUGCUGCUAGUUGUCUCGGGGAUACUGAUGGAUAAUAACGGUAAAGCAAUUGUCCUCGAGAAUGUUCACACCAUCAUUAGCCUCCUUAUCAAACUGAUUUCCUACCCUCAUUUGAUGAUUGUUCGUGAAACAGCAAUUCAGUGCCUAGUAGCCAUUUCAGCUCUUCCUUAUGCAAGAAUUUAUCCAUAUCGACCACAGGUUCUUCGAGCUGUUUCAACUGCUCUGGAUGAUCGAAAAAGAGUUGUUCGUCAGGAGGCUGUCAGAUGCCGUCAAGCAUGGGCAUCAAUUGCAUGAAGAAGUUUUCGGUUUUGAUGCAAUGGAUGCAGGGCAUCAAUUGGAUAUUUAACCAGUGAUGUGCAAGUACGACAAGAUGUGAUCUUCCUAGCUGGUUACUUUUCUCACAAGGCAC